AUGACUAAACACGGAUCACCUCCGUCAGGCCAUCGGCCCCGCCGGCACGCUUCCGUCAAUCCACAUACCCGAGCGGACCACUCCCGAGCCAUCCAUUACUAUGACCACGCUCCAUGCUCCAUCAAUCUAUCCAUCUAUCUAUACAUUCACCUUUAUCACAAAUCCACCCAAAAUGCCCCCUCCCACAUCCCCUCCCACCCCCAACCCAACGACUACGACCUCACCACCCCCAUCCCCAGCACCACCGGCCUGCGCCAAACCCUCCCCUCCUACGGCGACGCCCACUUCUCCCUCUUUCUCCGCAAAGUCUUCAUCAAAGCUCUCGGCUACACCGAAGAUGCUCUCUCACGACCAAUCAUCGGGAUCAUCAACACCAACUCCGGGUUCAACCCGUGCCACGGCAACGCGCCCCAACUCAUCGAGGCCGCGAAACGAGGCAUCCAUCUCAACGGGGGCAUUGCGAUUGAUUUCCCCACGAUCAGUAUUCAUGAGGGGUUCUCGCAUCCGACGAGCAUGUUUUUGCGCAAUUUGAUGAGUAUGGAUACCGAGGAGAUGAUUAAAGCGCAGCCUGUCGAUGCGUGUGUUAUGAUUGGGGGAUGUGAUAAGACUGUUCCUGCGCAAAUCAUGGGCGGGAUUUCGGCAAAUAAGCCUGUUUUGCCAUUACUCACGGGACCGAUGAUGCCUGGGAGUCAUCGGGGGAAGAGGGUUGGUGCGUGUACGGAUUGUCGGAAUAAUUGGGCCUCGUUUCGUGCGGGCACGAUUGAUCUCGAGGAGAUUAUGGCGGUUAAUGAGGAGUUGGCGCCUACGAUUGGUACCUGUGGUGUGAUGGGCACGGCUAGCACAAUGGCCUGCAUUACUGCUGCCCUAGGAUUGAUUCCAUUGCAGGGUGCAUCCGCGCCUGCUGUUUCGGCAACGAGACUGCGCAUUGCAGAGCAAACCGGGGCGAACGCCGUCGCGGCUGCGAAGGCGCAGCGGACACCGCAGACCCUGCUAUCUGUGCAAUCGUUCUAUAAUGCUGCGAUUGUGCUGCAGGCGAUUGGGGGGUCUACGAACGCGAUGGUUCAUCUGAUGGCCAUGGUGAAUAGACAUCCGGAUAUUAAGGGGGAGUUUUCGCUCGAAACGCUAGAUAAGAUUGGGAGGACCACCCCCCUGCUAGUGGAUCUUAAGCCCAGUGGGGAUAACUACAUGACUGAUUUCCAUAACGCGGGAGGAAUGAUCUGUCUACUGCAUCGGUUGCGUCCGCUGCUGCAUCUGUCCGCGCGCACUAUCACAGGCGAAACAAUGGGUGAGGUACUUGAUCGUACGCCCUUCCGGGACUUUGAGUACUCGCGCAGUAUCAUCCGGCCGUUAGAGGAUCCGCUGUACGCUUGUUCGUCGUUGGCGGUGGUGCGUGGGAAUAUUGCCCCGAAUGGAGCGGUGAUUAAGGCGUCUGCAUCCAAGGAUAAGCGGCUUUUGAAACAUGAGGGACGAGCGGUGGUGUUUGAGAACUCGCAGGACUUGACGAAGAGGAUUGAUGAUCCGGAAUUGGAGGUUGAUGCGAAUUCGGUGCUGGUGUUGAAGGGAAUUGGGCCGAUUGGCAACCCCGGUAUGCCGGAGGCGGGCAUGAUUCCUAUCCCGAGGAAGUUGGCCGCGCAGGGAGUCACGGAUAUGCUGAGAGUGUCGGAUGGGAGAAUGUCUGGGACGGCGGGGGGAACUAUUGUUUUGCAUGUUUCUCCAGAGGCGGCGGUGCCGGGGUCAGCGUUUGGGGUGGUGGAGACGGGGGAUCUCAUUCGUUUUGAUGCUGAGGAGCGGAGGUUGGAGCUGGUGGUUGAGGAGGGGGUGAUGGAGACGAGGAUUGAGAGGCGGAGAGCGGAGAUUAUGGGCUCAGCUGGAGGGGAGAAGGCUUCUGUUUGGACGCAGAGACAAACUCGUCGGGGGUAUAGGGGUUUGUAUGAGAGGACGGUUAAUCAGGCACAUCAGGGUGCGGAUUUCGACUUCUUGACGGCAAGUGGUCCGAUGUCAGAUUGA